GUAACUAAUUUCAACAUGUACAGACUGUAUGUAUCAACCAGGUCUUGUAGCUGUUCAUGUACAUGUGGUGAUAAAAAAAGCUAGUAAAGGCAUCAGAGAAUACAAUGUAUAUUAAAAUACAUAUUGGACUUAAUAUAAAGCAAAUAUAAGAUAGGUGCUACAUGUAUAAAAGAGCUGAUUUGUCAAAAAUAAAUGUAGAAAUCAGACUUUUGCAGAUUCCUGUGCAACUUCCUUAUCAGGGCAGAAAAUGUGCUGCUAUUAACAGAAGAGGAAGUUCCGGUGUCACAGUAAGGUUGUGGGAUGCUUUCACUUCCCUUUUAUGCAAAUAAGCCAUGCUCCAGUAACGCACCGUCAUAACAGUAGUACUGUUAAAAUGAGGAAGUUUGUUUCGCUGACUGGAGAUCACAGUAUACAAGCAGAUGCACAUCAAGCAGCUUAGAGCUAUUUAUAGCAGCUUUGCCUGAAGACAAUUACAUUUAACUAAGUGUAUAUUUACGGAAGAUACAUCUCCCGGCCACACUGGCACUCUCUACUUCAACGACAGCACUGCUGUGGAAAGAUUGCUGAAUCAAGGUGUGACAAAGCCAUCUGAGUUUUGUGGAAGUCUACCAUCACAAUGGAUGCAGAGUUUCGGCUGUAUGUUAACCUGGCCUCAAAAAACAGGAAGACUUCAACUACGAGUACGGGUGAAGAGUCCCCACUGCUCAAGAAAGACUCAGCAGUCAAUGUUUCUCAAGAUGACAAGCAAUCAAUGAUCCGGAAGGCAAGCCAGCUGGGCUACUGCAUGUUGGUGGCCACCCACCUGUUUGCUAUUGGCUUCAACAUCUACAAUGACAUCACAGUCUUCCAACACACAUGGUGCAAGAACCAGAAGGGGCAUGGCGGCUUCUGCUCAAAUUUUACCAUUGCUGAGUUGGGCUUGCCUAGGUACUUCACUUCCCAAUUCAAGCUGGUGACUUCCCUAAUUAAUACAGUCCUGUUUUUUGUUUUUCUCAAACACAAUGGCCACUUCUAUGGAUUCAAAGUAUCUCUGAAAAAGUGCCGGUCACAGAAGUGGCUUCUGAGUUUUGGCCUGUCUUUGUUCCUGGCUAUAACAUGGGACUUUGUAAACACAGCAGUUGCUAUUGUGCUCCAGAACUCUGAAGCACUUCAAAUUACCAUCACAGCGUUUGGUUGGCUCAUGAAAAACAUCCUUGAUGCUGCCUUAGUGAUUUCUCUCACUCAUUACAUCCCACCAAGCAAGCCCAGUAAGUCCUUUCUACUAUACAGCUUUACUGUGGUUGUGUACAGCAUUAAUUACUUGUCACAGUUUGCCUACUGCUCAGUGCUUGCCGUGUUUAAGAUCAGCCUUGUGGCGAAUAAAUCGCAGUUCUGGUCCAUGAUAGAUAUCCUCCUGACCGUUGCCACAUCCCGCUACAACAAGACUGUCUACGAUUCUCUCUCCACCAAACUGUACAAAUCAGACAAAGACAUUGUUACGUCUGUGUACAAUCCUCUGCACUUGCAGCCAGUAGACUCAAACGCUGAGUCAGAUUAACUGUAAACUCUGUGUGUAGGAUACAUGGAACUGUACUGCACUUCAGCUAGAGUAAAUAUGAUUAUAGCAAUUGCCAUACACAUGUAUAUAGUAAUACAUGUAUGUAAUGAUUCUGUGUUCAAGUGGGAGAUAACAAUAUAAGUUAUAACAGCAAUAGUUUGUGUAUUAUGUAUACAGUACUUGGCCAGGAAAAUAUGACUCAUAGAAAUUGUCAAUCCACAACUCUAAACAUGACUGGGGACAAUUUACUACAUAAGCUUGUAAACUUUUGUUUAACAAACAUUGAAUAGCUGAGAAAUAUACUAGUAUUAUCAUAUGAUGAAAUAUAUCAUAUAUUACAUUGAAUAGUCAACCUUGAAUGUUUGUAUGUAAUCAUAUUAUGAUAGCUUGUCAAAAGGAUCUAGCUGGGCAAUUUGGAUAUAUAGCAAGGCAAAAAGUAAGAAGUCAGUAAGUUAGAGAUCAUUAUUUUAAGUAAGAAAUUUAAUCUGAUUGUCUUGAAUCUUUACGACUGUUCAUGACAUGUGGUAAAAAGUACCUGUAUGAGUAUGAUGGUUACUGCAUAUACAUUUGUACUAAAUAACUAACUAGUAAAAUACAUAAAUUCUAUGUGUUCACAAGAAACUGAGGAAUAAAAGCAUC